AUGAACUUCGGCUCGACUGAGCUGGAGAAUGCCAAUCCGAUUGUGUAUGAUAUUCGUGCGCCCACGUUGCGUGGACCGAGCUACUCAGACUCGCCUGAUUCUUGGUGGAAAUGCGAUGGCCUUAGACCCAAUUCAACCCUUUUUACCGAUGCGCAGGAAGAAUGGGAGGAACAGGAAGAGGGUGAGCCUAUUGAUGCCCGCGAAGUGUUUGACCUCGUGCGUUCAGUCACGGACCCGGAGCAUCCGCUCACACUCGAACAACUAGCUGUGGUGAAUGAAGAGCAUAUCACCGUUGAUACGGGGAACGAGAAUACCUCGCCCUCGGUUGUACUAGAAUUUACGCCGACAAUCCCGCACUGCAGCAUGGCCACACUUAUCGGCCUCUCGCUUCGUGUUCGGCUUCUUCGUGCUCUACCAACGCACUACAAGCUAGGUGUCUUGAUACGCCCUGGAACGCACCAGUCGGCGGGCACUAUCAACAAGCAGCUCAGCGACAAGGAACGUGUGGCGGCCGCGGUAGAAAACAAGUACCUCAUGGGCGUCAUUCAAGGUUGUCUUUCUACGGCAGGACUCCGCGGCGUACCCGCAUAA